GAGCAGAAGGAGUUUUCUCCCGAAGAAGUCUCGUCCAUGGUCCUCCUUAAGAUGAAGGAGACAGCUGAGUCCUACUUGGGCUACAACGUCAACGAUGCUGUUGUCACCGUUCCCGCAUACUUCAACGACUCUCAGAAACAAGCCACCAAAGACGCAGGUGCCAUCUCGGGAAUGAACGUUCUCCGUAUCAUCAACGAGCCUACUGCUGCUGCCAUUACGGUCUCGACAAGAAAGUUGUCGGCGAGCACAACGUCCUCAUUUUGA